UUUGUGUGGCAAGGCAGAGAGCCAGAGGGAAGGAAGAGCCUCAGCAGGGACUUUCGCUCAGACUGAUGAGGUUUCAGGUCUUCAGCGCGUAACUUUUGCUUGAUUUUUGCUCGCUGCUUUUGGCGGUUUUGCUUUAGAGUUUUCUAAAGCUACAGCUGCUUAUUUGUUUUUCUUCUUUUUUGUUUUUUAUUAUUUCUCUACAUUUUUCCCGCAUGCGAGUGUCGUGUUAAAAGACAAAACCAGUUGUCCAAAUGUAUAACAUGAUGGAAACCGAGAUUAAAACCCCUCUGCCGCCGCAGACCAACACGGGCUCGGCGGCAGGCGGGAAGAGCGGCGCUGGGGGCGGCGGAGGUGGAGCCGCGGACCAGGAGCGCGUGAAACGGCCCAUGAACGCCUUCAUGGUGUGGUCGCGCGGCCAGCGGCGGAAGAUGGCCCAGGAGAACCCCAAGAUGCACAACUCGGAGAUCAGCAAGCGCCUGGGCGCCGAUUGGAAGCUGCUGACCGACGCCGAGAAGCGGCCGUUCAUCGACGAGGCCAAGCGGCUGCGGGCUAUGCACAUGAAGGAGCACCCGGAUUACAAGUACCGGCCGCGGAGGAAGACCAAGACGCUGCUGAAGAAGGACAAGUACGCGCUGCCGGGCGCGCUCCUGGCACCUGGCGCGGGCGCUGUGAUGGGCGGCGCAGGCGGAGGAGGGGGCGUCGGGAGCGCGGCGGCAGCGGCGGCGGCGGCCGCGGCGCAGCGCAUGGACGGCUAUGCGCACGUGAACGGCUGGGCGAACGGCGCGUACUCGCUGAUGCAGGAGCAGCUGGCGUAUCCGCAGCACCACGGCAUGGGCGCGCCGCAGCUGCAGGCGCCCAUGCACCGCUACGACGUGACGGGCCUGCAGUACCCCAUGAUGUCGUCGGCGCAGACGUACAUGAGCGCGGCGCCCACGUACAGCAGCGUGGCGCCCGCGUACGCGCAGCAGAGCGCGGGCGCCGUGGGCCUGGGCAGCGUGGGCUCCGCGUGCAAGACGGAACCCAGCUCACCGCCGCCAGCCGUCGCGUCGCACUCGCAGCGCGCGUGCCUCGGCGACCUGAGGGACAUGAUAAGCAUGUACCUGCCGCCCGGGGGGGACAGCGCCGAGCACGCGGGCCUGCAGGGCAGCCGUCUGCACAGCGUGCACCCGCACUACCAGAGCGCGGGCACGGGCGUGAACGGGACACUACCGCUGACCCACAUCUGAAAGACUCUGUGAAAUGAGGACGGGGGGUGUUUGGGUUGGAAUGGGACGAAAUGGGGUGGGACUGGGGGGGGUAAAAAAGGACUAAGUACUUCGGAUACUUGAACAUUUAUGAUUUGCAAAAAAAGAAAGAAAAAGAAAAAAAAUCGAAGUUCCGUUUUGUUAUUAAAAAAGUGAAAAUGAAAUUAUUUUUAAUCUCACCGAGUUGUCAACUUUGAAAUAAUUUUAUGACGACAUAUCAUGGACUGAACGCUGAAGUUAUUUUUUUUUUAAUGUUGCCCUCAUAUAAUAAUGAUGAUGAACAAAGCUAACGCAAUCAACUUCUGUACAGAAGAAUUGGACUUUAGAAAUGCCAUCAGAUUUUCUGUCUAUGAAAAAAAGGCACGUGGCUUCGUCAAGAGGCUGUUGUAUUCCAGAGAAAAAGAAGAAAAAAAUAAAGGAAUGAACCCACUGGAGGGAGAGUACGUUCACUCAUGUAAUGUUUACACUUCGUUUGUAGAAUGUCAGUUUUGUUGGCUGUGUCCAAAUCUGUGUAGUCUCUCUCUUUUGCUCUUCGUUUGUGCGCUUUGUUGAAAUGAAAGACUGUGCUGGUCGCAAGCGCAAAAGUUUGUUUUAUUUAUAGUACGUUGUUCUUUUUUAAAGCUUGUGAACCUUACGUCUCGUUUAAAACUGUUCCCGUUUGUUCUGUUUGUUUCGUUGUGAAUCUUUCUUUCUGUGAUGUUUGGACAGUAUCAGGUUAACCCGUUUUGUGGAACGGAGAGUUUUAUUUAAACCGACGUUUCUACUUAUUUUAAGACCAUCCUCUAUUCUCAAAUGCCGAAUAAAUUUGUACAAAAGAA